AUGCCCUCCGCCCGGGCGAGCGAGGAGCGGGGACACAACCAUUUCUGGAAUCGCCGCGAAAAAGCAGGGGUGCGAAAUCGCUGCUGCGUCAGGACGCGGGCACUUUGCGAGAAGCUGAUCAUGCCCGGCGCGCGUUUGAGCGAGGCCGUCGUGCAGCGCACCGAGAAGGGGCCGGUCGCGCGCAGCGCCACGCCGCAGGCGUCCGCCGGAGGCCCGCCGGAGGCUGUAUGCGGCGGCCACUUCCCCUCGGUCUUUCGCCGCGCUCCGGCCGCUCCUUGGCUCCUGGGCGUCUCUCCGAGCGGCUUUGCGCGCCCCCAGCGCGCUGUCGAGGCUGGCAAAGGGGAAGACGCGCGCAGCGCCGCGCAGGCGCUCCGCCGAUCAGCGCCCGGCCGCAGCGCGCAGCGCAAGGCUGGUCGCCGGCCGACGGAGACCCCGUAG